AUGGUGGUCGAUAUUGCCCCACAGCCACAGCUGAAUGAGGUUUUCACCACUAAUCGUACGCAUCAUAGGUCAUCAUCGUCAACGCAUAGACGAAAUUCAGCAACGACGAAUAAUACAUCUUCAUCAGGAUCGAAUACUACAAAUAACAAUACUAUGACCAAUGGUCAUCGAUUUUCGACUGAUGAACUCAGUAGAAAAGCUGUACAAAUUCUUGGUCAAGCUACAGCUAUAUUAGGUUGUCGUAGACAAACAAGUAUAGAUUUCCAUGGUCAUGCACCUCGAUUGAAUAUUACAGAAUCGAAAUCCAAUGUAUCCUCGCGUAAUUCGACAUCAAAUACGGCUUCAUCGACUAUUGUGCAUAAUUCAUCAACGAUAACGACAUCUUCUCAGUCGGCUAACAAUACCGUAUCUUCUAUCCACAAGGGUAGAUCUCCAGUAACUGUUGAACGUCUUGUUCCGCUCAUUCUGCAGCUAGUCGCGGCACCCAUCUUGAUGAAAUUUCCUGCAAGAAUAUCUAGGCAUCAAUCAAAAUCCAAAUCUGUUGAUGAUGUUCUCGAAAGUCGUAAAAUGGCACUUGUUUCACAUCGUGAAGGUGUUGUGAACCUGAGUGACGAUGAGAAUGAUGAAGAUGACAAUAACAAUGAACAUGAUGUAUUGACUGAACUGACCGACACUAAUACAACAAGCAACAACAGCAAGAAUCAAAACAAUAGUAAUGAUAAUCAUUCUUAUCAUUCAUAUGAGAAUCAAAUUGAACUCCAACAUUCCGGUAUAAGUCAUAGUCGGUGUGAAGAUAAUGAAGACAGUGAAGAUGAAGACAGUGAUAACCAAGAGGCUACGCACAGUGAUGCCGAGAAUGAUGAUGAAACCAAUGAAACCAAUGCAAAUACAUUGUCAUUAAUGGAUUUUUCAUCAGAAUCAUUAUCAACUGUAAGAAAACGCAGUAUUUCACCUGAAAACAAACCUGAUCAUGAUAAUCAUGUACAUAAAUCUGAAGAACAUCAAAAUAAACGGAAGAAACUACUGAUUAAACGAGCAUUACUGAAAUCAUUUGUGUCAUCUGUAAAUACUAAAAUCAAUUUUAAACGUCCUUCACUUCCUAUAGCCAUUCCGACACAUCUAUUUCUGGAUCAAGAGGAGCAAUCCAUCGAACGAUCACAACGAACAUCGAAACGAUAUGCAAAUGGUUUACUCAAACAUGACAACAAUACAGAUGUACUCGAUGGUUUAUCUCAAAAUUCAUUAUCAUCAUCAUCGUCAUCAUCAUCAUCAAUGAACAAUCAACCCUCGACAACACAUGGUGUACAUCAAAAAAAGAAUAAAACUAGUCACGUUCAAGAUAAAACUCUAUCGAAACAAGAGCCAUCAACAUUAACCUCAACAACUAUUGCCAAGAAUGAACAGAUUUCAAUUACCAACAAUACUACACCAUCAAACGACUUAGAUAGUAAGACUCGGACAAGUUUUCUGUCAACAACAAAUACAGCAACUAUUUCACCAAUAUUAUCAACUCAACCUAAAAAGGAGAAGCCAACAGCCAAUGUUAAACCACUCUUACAAUCAGCACCAUUCGAGAAUUCAUCAGCAACUAAUUCUCUUGGUAAUGGUAUUAACACAUCUGAUAGUUUAACAACAGCUAAUACACGAUCAAUGCAUUCAUCAACGAGAAGCUGUUAUACAAAAUUUAAAAACCUGUCGAAAGCAGAAUUAGCUUCAUUAGCACGUCGGAAAAAGAAGCAAGCUGAUCGUGGUAAACGAACAACAUUCGCCGAGGCUCGUGAAGCCAUGGGUUUAUAUCUUGAAUCCGUUUGUUAUUAUAUCCAAUGUGCUAAUGAUGAAACCAAGCAAGAUCAACGUACUUCAUUACUAGCAACGACAUUAAUUAUGUUAGAUCAACUUGCUCAAAACCAUAAGAAAAUGUUCUGUUUAACGAAUCCGUCUCAAUCAACAGAUUUGUAUAAUCUGCAACAAAAAUUUCUUCUAAUUAAUUAUUGGCUUCAAUCAUUAAUUUAUUAUUUACAAUUCAAUACUAGUAUGCCAACAAUUGAUCGUUAUGCUACUCAAGUCAUAGAAUAUCUUAACCAAUCAAAAAACCCUUCAUCAACUGCACCACCAGCAACAUCAACAAGAACAACAACAACAACAACAAAUCCCAAUCUUCAACAACAAUCAACACCUAAUAAUGAUAACAAUCCUAUCUCACCAUUAUCAACAACAUCCCAAACAAGCUUAUCGGACUUAAGUACAACUAGUGGAAAUAAUCAAAUAGAACAACAUCGAUCUAUGUGCGAAUUUUCGAAAUUGAUGUUAAAUUCAUAUCAUUCGACAUACUAUUGGAAUAAAGCUGAAAGUCUAUCAUGUGAAAGAUCCCUCAAAGAAUUUACCGAACAGUUGCUGAAACAAAAUCAAAACCGACGUCUGUCACGUGAUGAUACAACUUUAGACUUUGUAUUGUAUAUUUUCGAUGCCAUUGAGCUGUUACGUUUAAGUGUUGCUUAG